GUGGCACCGCCUGCGCAUGUGCGCACGCUUUCAGGGCUGCCCCAGCUGCUGGUCCAGCUCCUCUAUGGUCUCGCCCUAGAGCUUUGCUCUUUGGGGGCCGUGGCCGCAGUCGUGUGGGUAGCAGGCCCCAAGUGACAGCAGCAUGGAGGAAUUCGAUUCCGAAGACUUCUCCACGUCGGACGAGGAUGAGGACUACGUGCCGUCGGGUGGAGAGUACAGUGAAGAUGAUGUCAAUGAAUUAGUGAAGGAAGACGAAGUGGAUGGUGAAGAGCAGGCUGAGAAAACCAAAGGGAAAAGAAGGAAGGCUCAGAGCAUUCCAGCCAGAAAGAGAAAACAAAGUGGCCUCUUGUUAGAAGACGAGGACGACAAGGAAGAAUCUGGAGGUAGUAGUAGUGGAGAAGAUGAAGAGGAGCAAGGAGGCCUUGGGUCCGAGAAUGCAAGGAAGAAGAAGGAAGAUGAACUGUGGGCCAGCUUCCUUAAUGAUGUGGGACCAAAGUCAAAAGCAGCUCCAAGUUCACAAGUUAAGGCAGCAGAGGAGACUGAAGAGACUAGUUCAAAUAAACUGUUGGCGAAAGCAGAUGAGCUGGAGAAACCUAAAGAAUCAGAAAAAGUGAAAAUUACCAAGGUGUUUGACUUCGCUGGUGAAGAAGUGAGGGUGACUAAGGAAGUAGAUGCUUCAUCCAAGGAAGCCAAGUCUUUCCUCAAGCAAACUGAGAAGGAAAACCCUCAGGCUGUGGCCACUUCAGCAGCGCCACCACUCCCUGCGGGGUCGGGGAUAAAAAGGUCAAGUGGCAUGAGCAGCCUUUUGGGGAAAAUUGGAGCCAAAAAACAGAAAAUGAGCACGCUUGAGAAGUCUAAGCUGGACUGGGAGAGCUUCAAGGAGGAAGAAGGGAUCGGUGAAGAACUGGCUCUCCAUAACCGAGGGAAAGAAGGGUACAUUGAACGGAAAGCUUUUCUGGAUCGAGUGGACCACAGGCAGUUUGAAAUUGAGCGAGAUCUCAGGCUGAGCAAAAUGAAACCUUGACAUUCUGGGGAGAAUUAGUAGCAGCUUAAUCCUAUUGACAAUCUCGGAAAACACACUCCGCACUUCUCACUGUGACGGCAGAGUCGAGGGCCAGGACCCACCAGCAAGCCAGGCCGCCUGAACUGGACAUGGCUGUUCUCUGAACCAGUGGCUGUUUCUCAUAGGCAUAAACCAGACAGAGGUGCCAGGAGUCUUCAGCCCUGCUGGCCACACCCUGUGCGCUGAAUACAAUGACUGUAGCAUGGAGGCAGGGAGCUGGCUACACAGGAGGACACACGUGGGACAUAGGAGGCAGACAUGGGCCACCCAGGAGCUUUUCCUCUUGGUCAGUAUGUACUCCUGUGUGAGCCCACCAGAGUUCUUAAAAAUUGCUUUCUCAGUCACAUUGUUAGCUGUCCUGAUAGCCUGCUUCACUUUCAAAGGGUUAAGCCACCUUGACAAAUGCCUAGCAUUUCUCGAUGGACCCUUGGUUCAGUCCCCAGCACUGACUCCCCCCACCCCAACCCCCCAAAAAUCCUCUUUUCUAACAGUUUGAACCAUGGUAGACACUAUCUAACCCAGUUUAUAAAAAUGUAUGAAAAAAGUAUUUUAUCUAGCUCCUCACAUCUGUGUUUAGUGGAACCCAGCUCCCACAGAGAUGAUGCCCUUUAUUCAGGAGUUAGGAAUGGUUCAAUGUUUGUGGGGACCUGUGAAGGAUGAGUCAGUACUGGGGACAGUUUGGAGCCCUUUGUGGGUCUGGUGGCCCAGUGCUCUGCUGGCCCUCACCAUGGGCCUAUUGACUAAGGAGGUGUCUAAGGGCCCUCUAUGACUGAUCCUGUGGAGCAGAGACUUAGGAGUUGAGUUCUCUGUCCCUGCCCCAGUCCUUUGUCUUCUCUAUGUCCCAGAUGGGUGUGUCAGAAUUCCAGAGUAUCUAGUACCUUUUAAUUAGGGGGUGUGGGGGGGAAUUGACUGCCCUAGAGCGGUAUGAGGUCAAAUAAUAAAACAAGCCUCUUUCUAUA